AUGGGAAUAUUUCCACAUAAAGUAACUCGGAAUUUAUCGAAAUACAUUGAUGAACAUCCAAAGUUGACACAAUAUUCUGAUAUCAUUCAAGUUCUUAGAAAUUCACAUAUUCCAUCCAAAAAGUGGUUUUACAACAAUCUAAAGGGAGAAUCAGUUUUAUCAAACGAUUAUAAUGAAAUGGUAUUCACUCACACCAACAUGUAUGAUUUGCUGAACGACUACAACAAUUUGGAUGCGAAGCCAGGCGUAGAAGCGACAAAGAAGCUGGGUAAUUUCUUUCAGUCGUUGAAUCUUGAUAUCCACAAAAACGGCAUCUUUGUUCCUAGACUCACUCUGAAAUAUCUCUGGCACACAAAAAGCAAAGACUGCGAGUUUCAGUUAUUCAAAGGGAAUGAAGAAUUGUACCACAAAUACAGAGAUAAUCUGAAAAAGACGACUAGAAUUAGAAAAGGAAAGCCUUGUCAGGGAAUACUUGGAUAUGAUACCAAUGCUUUAUAUCUGUGGGCGAUAAGUCAAGAUAUGCCGUGUGGUGAGCACCAAGUAGUUCAAGUUUAUCCCGAUAAUCUGAAAGAUGUCUUGGAUAACACGUUCUUUGGAAUGAUAGAAUGUGAUAUUGCUGUUCCUGAGCAUUUAAAGGAAUGCUUUGCUGGAAUGCCUCCUAUUUUCAAGAAUGUUGAGAUUACAUGCAAUGAUUUAAGCUUUGACACACAGGCACAAGUGAAACCAGAUUACAAAAGUAACAGAUUAGUUGAAAGUAUGUUUGGUGAGACAAUGAUGUUUGCUACUAAACUGCUGAAAUGGUAUCUUGGACUAAUUGAAAGUGCACUUGUACCUGUCGCAAUGUCAACCUUUGGAACUGUCGUUGCUGGAGUCGGUGCACUUCACGCACCAAUGGUUGCAGGAGGUUGUGCUGCUAUUGACUCUGUUUCUGAUCAACAGAAAGCUAAAUCAUAA